AUGAAAAGAUAUAUUAAUAAUAACAAAUUAUAUAAUUCAAAAAAAGUUAAAGUAGAAUGUGAAUAUGAGAGUGAAUUAAAAAAAGAAUGUAUUUCAAAUAUUUUUGAUUUUAAUAAGGUUUCAAGAAGGGGAGAUAAUAUAGAAGAAAAUAAUUUGGAAAAGUUCAAUAUAUUUAAUUUAGAAGAAAAUAGCAAAAGAAGAAAAAUUGAUAUUAUGAAUAUAUUUGAUGAAUUAAAAAAUAAUGCACAAAUAAAUGAUGAUUUGAUUCAAAAUGUAAACAAAAAUAUAGUUAGGAACAAAGAUGAGUUGGUUACUAAAUGCAUGAAUAAUAGUAUAAAUAACCUAACUAAAGACAAAAACAGUGAUUCUAAUGAAAAAUUAAAUAAAGACAUAAUAAUUCAGAAAACAGAAAAUUCUAAAACAAAAAGUAUUGAUCAAAAUAAAUAUUAUGAAAAAAUAAAUAAUUUAUUAAAAGAAAUACAUCUAAGUAAAAUUGCUAGAAGAAGUAACAAACAUUCUAAAUAUUUGGUGUAA